AUGGGCCCCUGUACCGCCUCCUCAUGCUGCUGCCAGGCCCGUAAUCUGCCAUGGGCCCCCGUACCGCCUCCUCAUGCUGCUGCCAGGCCCGUAAUCUGCCAUGGGCCCCCGUACCGCCUCCUCAUGCUGCUGCCAGGUCCAGAGUGUCUCAUGGGUCCCUGUACGGCCUCCCAUUGCUGCUGUCUCCAUCGCCACACUCUGCCAUGUGCCACUUUCAGGUCUCCUCACACUGCUGGUGGGUUCCAUUUUGUCAUAGGGUGCUGAAUGGCCUCCCAUUGCUGCUGCCCUCUACCGCCACACUGUGGCUCCACACUCUGGUUUUGGCCCCGUGACUGCCCAAAUGAGUGAAGUGUGCGGUGAUUCUAAGAUCGACGGCACUCAUCUGCAUGUCAUACUGACUGACAGUAUUAUUUCUCUUCCCCAGCAGACUCCAAGGGCAUUUAAAUUAAAGGUACAGUGUUCUGCACUAAUAUAA